ACAAAUCUUAUUACCGUAAUGCUUCGAUUCGUGUAUAAAACCGUGUGAAUGUGAAACCGCCGAUACAGGAGUCUUAAUAAUCAAGCACCUGGUGAAGUGGCAGUUAAAGCAGGUUGUGCCCUCAGUGCCAUGUAAUCACCAUUAACGCAUCAUGCUGCUCUGCUUACUGUAGCUUUAAUACUGAACCGAGAAACCAGUGCAGCUAAUCCUAAACCAGGACUCGAUUUUACUUCAGUCGGGUGAUAUGCUUUUACUGUGGUCCAGGAAUGCCCAAAGAGAAGUAUGAGCCGCCGGAUCCUCGGCGGAUGUACACGAUAAUGUCCAACGAAGACGCUGCAAGUGGGAAAAAGUCCUACUGGCCUGAGCUUGAGAUUAGUGGUAAAGUGCGAAGUUUGAGCUCAGCCCUGUGGUCUCUCACCCACCUUACAGCUUUGCACCUCAGUGACAACUCGCUGUCACGCAUUCCACCCGACAUUGCCAAGCUGCACAACCUUAUGUACCUGGACCUGUCGUCCAAUAAGAUCAGGAGCCUCCCAGCUGAGCUCGGCAACAUGGUAUCUCUCAGGGAACUGCUUUUAAAUAACAACCAGUUGCGGGUUCUGCCUUUCGAAUUGGGGAAACUGUUUCAGUUACAAACACUGGGGUUAAAAGGAAAUCCACUUGCACAGGAGCUUAUGAGCCUCUACCAGGAGCCAGAUGGCACUCGUCGACUGCUGAACUACCUUUUGGACAAUCUUGCCGGUGCUAUUAAACGCAUCCCAACAGAGCAACCACCGCCCAGGUCAUGGAUUGAACUGCAAGAACCUGACGGAUCCAGCCCUGCAGCCCUGUUCUCAGUAAUGUGCUACAACAUUCUGUGUGAUAAAUAUGCCACACGGCAGCUAUACGGCUACUGCCCACCCUGGGCUCUUAACUGGGAAUACAGGAAGAAAGCCAUCAUGCAAGAGAUCCUUGACUGCAACGCAGACAUAAUCAGCCUGCAGGAAGUGGAGACUGAGCAGUAUUAUAAUUACUUCCUGUUGGAGCUAAAAGUGCAGGGAUAUGAUGGAUUCUUCAGCCCAAAGUCUCGAGCCAGAACCAUGUCAGAGUCGGACAGAAAGCACGUGGAUGGAUGUGCAAUAUUCUACAAGACUGAAAAGUUUAGUGUGGUGCAGAAGCAUACCGUGGAGUUUAACCAGCUGGCAAUGGCUAACUCUGAGGGUUCUGAAGCCAUGUUAAAUCGAGUUAUGACCAAGGACAACAUUGGAGUCGCUAUGCUGCUGGAGCUCCGCCAGGAAAGGAUUGAGCUGACACCUAUGUCUCUCCAUAACCAAGAGAAACAGCUCAUCCUGGUGGCCAAUGCUCAUAUGCACUGGGACCCGGAGUACUGCGACGUAAAACUGGUGCAGACUAUGAUGUUCCUAUCUGAGGUGAAGAACAUUGUGGAUAAAGCUACACGCAGCCUCAAGCUCUCAUCUCUUUCUGGAGAAGUCAACAGCAUUCCACUGGUGCUUUGUGCUGAUCUCAACUCGCUGCCUGACUCUGGAGUGGUGGAGUUCCUCAGCACAGGUGGAGUGGACUGCACUCACAAAGACUUUAAGGAGCUGCGCUACAGUGACAGUCUGACCAACUUCAAUUGCAACGGCAAGACCAGCUCUUCUAAUGCCAGGAUUACGCAUGGCUUUAAGCUCAAGAGUGCCUACGAGAACGGGAUCAUGCCUUAUACCAACUACACCCUCGACUUCAAGGGUGUGAUCGAUUACAUCUUUUGCUCAGAGCCGCAGCUGAACGUGUUGGGAGUUUUGGGGCCUCUGGACUCUGACUGGCUUUUGGAAAACAGCGUCACUGGCUGUCCACACCCUCACAUUCCUUCCGAUCACUUUUCUCUGUUUGCACAGCUGGAGCUGAUCCUGCCUCAGCAUCCCCCUAUCAAUGGGGUCCACCUACCUGCAUGCAGGUAGUGACCCCUUAUUGCCACUGGGGGCGCUGCACACUCCCACCUCUUAUUCUGGAAAUUCUGGAAACGACUCGUCCUCUAAACUACGCCAUUUUAAAAAAAAAAAUGAUUUUCUUGGUGCA